AUGGCGGAGGAGACGAGAAAUCCGUCGCGAGAUAUUCCGUUGGGAUUACUCGGCUCUAUGUCGAUCAUCACUGUUAUCUAUUGCUUGAUGGCACUGGCGCUCAGUAUGAUGCAGAGGUACACCGCCAUCGACCCCAACGCCGCCUACUCCGUCGCCUUCCGCAACGUCGGAAUGCGGUGGGCCCAAUACGUCGUAGCCCUCGGCGCCCUCAAAGGGAUGACCACCGUCCUCCUCGUCGGCGCCAUCGGCACCGCCCGCUACACCACCCACAUAGCCCGCAGCCACAUCAUCCCCCCUUUCUUCGCACUCGUCCACCCCAAAACCGCCACUCCCAUCUACGCCACUCUCCUCAUGACUGUCUCCAGCGCCAUCAUCGCCUUCUUCUCCAGCCUCCACAUCCUCGCCAGCCUGCUCUCCAUAAGCACUCUCUUCAUCUUCAUGAUGAUGGCCACCGCUCUGCUCGUCCGGCGUUAUUACGUUAGAGGCGUUUCGACGAAGAAGGACUUGGUUAAGUUCGUUGUCUGUUUGGUUGUGAUUAUUUUGUCUUCGGUGGGGACUUCGGCGUAUUGGGGGUUGAGGCCGGGGGGGUGGGUUGGGUAUCUGGUGACGGUGCCGCUGUGGGUGGCGGGGACAUUUGGGAUGUGGUUGUUUGUGCCGAAGGCGAGGGAGCCGAAGGUGUGGGGAGUGCCGAUGGUGCCGUGGCUGCCGGCGCUGUCGAUAGGGACGAACUUGUUUUUGAUGGGGUCGUUGGGCGGUGACGCCUUUGUGAGGUUUGGGAUAUGUAGUGGGUUGAUGUUGCUUUACUAUGUGCUGGUUGGAGUUCAUGUGACUUAUGAUGUAGCGCAUGAGCAUGAGGAAGGAGAAGAGAAGGCUCUUCGUGGGAAGGUUGAGGAUGGAGGCGACGCCGAUCGAUCUGUGGCUUAG